GCCUAAUACGCCGGGGCGGGUUUUGGGGGCUAGAGCCCAUCCGCGCCCGGCUGUUGGUUUUCCCCCUCUCCGGGGUCCUCUCUCCGCGUGCAUGCAUGCGGAAGCGCGCCUAGAGCCUAAUACGCCGGGGCGGGUUUUGGGGGCUAGAGCCCAUCCGCGCCCGGCUGUUGGUUUUCCCCCUCUCCUGUUGUUCCCCGGAGAGGGUAGGGUGAGGUAUCGGCUAGGUAGCAAACUUGGUUAGUUACAGAGUUGGGUCUCUUAGACGCUGUUCGGAGUCUGGGCCCGCAGGCCAGGUCCCAGGCGGUGUAAGUUGAUGAGGGGUGCGACUCCUCUGGCACUGGAGUGUGUGCGACAAAAUACAACUUUCUGGAGUUGCGGGAAGUGUGCCGUGAGCUUCGCGACAUCGUGGAUAACAGCGUUCAGGAGAUCAGCAUUGAUACGGGAGCCAAAAGCGUACGGUUAUGGCAGGAGGGUUUCCGGAUGCCGCUUGCACGCUGGCCUCACUGCAAAGCUGUAAUACUGACCUUGCAUUACUCUAAGGGUCUCUACCAGCAGGCGUCGACGCUUCUUUCUCUACCGUUUGCCGGCCAGCCAGUGGAAGCCAGGCGCCGCAUCACCAGCCUGAGACUUUAUGACAUCAGGGGUGACGGCAAGUCCGGAGAUUCGAGGAAGGCGCAGCCAUGUUUGCUGUGGCGGGACUGCUCCCGUCGCUGCAGAAGCUGGACUUGGAAUACUUUAACAACAGCAUGUGUCACACCGCCGUACAGCAGCGGCUGUUGUACGAUGCGCUUGCCACCUUGCCGCACCUGGAGCACCUCAUCGUUCCCUACACCAGCGGCCUGCAGCAUGUGGGUGCCCUGGCUGGCAGCUUGAAGGACCUGGAAGUCAAGAUAGAUUACAACGAAGGCGGCCUCAGCCAGGCGGACGUGGCGGGGAUCCUGCAGCUGCGGCGCUUAACAUACCUGCAUGUCAGUGGCCUCUUCCAUCCCAUGGACCGCGACGCCACCGGUGGCAUGACACCGCUGCUGGAGCGCGUCUGCUGCCUGGCAGGCACCUUGCAGCAGC